AUGUCUCAGCAAUCGGGUGAUGCAUCUCCUGUGUCUGACUCAGCAACACCGGAAGAGUCCUCUAACCCUAAUAGGAUUUUGAAGGCUGUACCUUUAAGGACGAUUAGCAGUGACGAAGUAAAGGCCACAAAGCCUAAAAUGCCACAUACAAAACGGCCCAAGGAGAGUAUUCAUAACAAGGGCGCCAAACCCUCUUCGUCCAAUACCUUAGAGGAACUUACUAAAGAAGGAACCAAAUAUGUCGAUAAAGCAAUUACCAAGAUUGCUACACGCAUUCUAAAGGAAAAUCAUCAAGUGUCUGGGAUAUUUGUUCCUCUUCAAACCAUAAUGUCUGAUCCCAUCAAGAACACCAGUAAGUCUGAAGUUGCUCACACUUCUGGUUGUGAUCCAGCUGAAGAGGAAAUCAACAAGGAUGGACAAGGAAUUGCUGAGGAUACCAAUGUUACUGAGGAUGUCAAUGACAUCGAAGACACUGAACACACUAAGGUCAAUACUGAAACAGGUACCAAUGUGGUAGUCUUAGACGAGUAUUCUGACAAAGACUUACUCGUCUCCCAAAAUCCAAGUGUAGCCAAUAGGCUAAUGACUAGAAGAAAAGGCAAAGUUGUUUCCCAAAGUUCUCCUAAAAAGAGUGCACAAGUGAAAAGCCCUGUCAAAGAUGCUGUCAAGAAGAAGAGUACUUCUACUGGUCCUAUCAAGAGCAGAGCUAUGACUAAGAGUACAAUGUGUUAUGAGAAGCUGAUCAAGGAAUUUGUGGCCAGCAGGAGUGUGGACUUCAGAAAGGUGUUUGUAAGAGGUAAGUGUGUAUCAUUCUCUCCUUUUGUGAUUAAUAAAUUCUUGGGAAGAGCAGAUGAAGCUCAACCUGAGAUUGAAGUGACAGACAACAAGGUUUGUCAAGUGAUCACAGCCAAGCAGGUAAACAGCUGGCCCCUGAAAGAGAAACUGACGGCAAGCAAGCUGAGCAUUAAGUAUGCAAUGCUUCACAAGAUAGGAGUAGCUAAUUGGGUACCAACGAAUCACAAGUCCACUAUUUCAACUGUUCUUGGCAGAUUUCUGUAUGUUGUAGGAACGAAGGAAAAGUUUGACUAUGGAACAUAUAUUUUCGACCAAACUAUGAAGCAUGUUGGAAGCUUCAGUGUUAAGGGUCCAAAUGCCUUCCCAUCCCUCUUGUGUGGCAUAAUUCUGACUCAAUAUCCCAAUAUUCUCAAUGAGCAUGAUGUAGUAUGCAAAAGAGAAAGCCCUUUGGCUUUCCACUAUAAAUUUUUUCAGGGUACGCAUGUUCCAGACAUUGUCAUGACAUCGGCUAAAACAUCCAAGUCUGGAGCAUCAGUCAGCAAAGCAGAAGUCAUAGCAAUGUUAAAAGAGACCUGCAAAGAGCUGGAAGCUAGAAAGAUAUCCCUUGAAAAGAUGAUAAGCACUCUGGAAAUGGAUGAUAAUAAGGAAUUUGUAGAUGCUGUAAAGAUGGCAGAAGAUGUGGAAGAAUGGAGUACCAGUCCUACUGAUGGCUCUGAGAACAGAAGUUAUGCAGACACCUCGAGUGGGUCUGACUCCGGGCAGUAA